AUGGUGAAAAACAAACCCGUAAAUUCGGAAACAAGUGCGUCAAACACUGCGUCUGGUAAUAACGCGAGUAAUAAUAUGACGACAUAUGUUGGACUUAACCACAUGCAAUUUGAUCACCGUUCCGGUGAAUGGAAAACUUUCAAACUAAAGUUAACAAAUAGUUUCAUUGCUGGUGAUGUUUCAAGUGACCUCAAAAUGAAAGCCAUUUUAAUAACUGCGCUGAGUGACGAAAUGUUGUCUUUACUCACAAGUUUAUGUGUGCCUUUGGACAUUGAAGCAAAAUCAUUCAAUGAUCUAAUCACAUUAUUAGAUGCACAUUUCACGCCGGUAAAAUCGUAUUUUUCUGCCAGAUAUGAAUUUUACAGAGCGGAGAAAAAUCCUAUGGAGACGGUUGCUGAAUGGGCUGCUCGAGUACGCACCUUAUCCAUACCAUGUGGUUUUGGUACUGAACUAAACAUUGUUUUAAGAGACAUUUUCACCCUUGGUCUUGAUAAACAAUUUAAAGAACGAUUAUUCGAAGAAGAUGCCACAAACAAAACUAUCACUAUGAAUAAAAUGAUGAACAUUGCUCUUGCUAAGGAAAUGGCCAGUAAAAAUGCUGCGAAGAAUAAUCAAGAACCAAAUGAAGUAAAUUUUGUAAAAGGAAAUAAAUUUACCCACAAGAAAUCCACCAAGAAGAUAAUCAAUAAACAGUAUUCAAAGAACUCACAGAAGGAUCAAGCUGGCGAAACCUCGGGCGAAACUCACAAACAAAAAUGUCAAGUAUGCGGUCGUCAAAACCAUAAAUCAAACAAUUGUAAGUACAAAGGUUAUACAUGUAAUUUAUGUCAUUUAGUGGGACAUUUAGCCCCCAUGUGUAAAAAUAAAAAUAAAUCUAAUCAAAAAAAUAAAACUUACAACACUCAUUAUUUAAAAAAUAAAAGUAAUAGUUCUGAUGACGAUGACAUUUUUUUGGGUGUAUCAGACAAUUUCAAAUUAAUUUCUGAACCAAGUAAUGAAACAAUAAAACCAUUAGAACUAAACGUACAACUAAAUGACAUAAACAUUAAAUUUCAAAUUGAUACUGGCAGUUUGCAUUCCCUUAUAAGUGAAAGUUGUUAUUUAGAAAACUUUAGUCACAUUAAAUUAAAUGAAAAUGAUAUUAUUUUAAAAGAUUAUAUUGGUAAGCACUUUAAACCCUUAGGCAAACUCAAUUUAAAAUUUGUAUGUAAUUCCAAUAAAGGCCAAAUUGCUUUGUAUGUUAUAAAAAAUGGAGGACCUCCACUUAUUGGUAGGAAUGAUUUUAAAAAACUAAAUCUGUCUAUAACUCAAGAUGUAAAUUAUGUAAAUUUGUUAUAUAAUAAUGAUGAACCAAAAGAUAUAAAAUCAUUAUGUCAAAAGUACUCUAAGGUCUUUGAAAAAGGUUUAGGCACUUUCUCAAAAUAUAAAAUUACUCUUUUUGUAGAUCAAAAUUGUACACCAAAGUUUUUUAAACCCAGAUUUGUACCUUUUGCGUUAAAAGACAAAGUUGAAAUUGAAAUAAAUAGAUUGGUUAAGAAUGGUGUUUUAAUUCCAGUUGAACAUUCCAAAUGGGCAACCCCUGUUGUUCCAGUUCUUAAACCAGAUAAUACAGUCAGAUUAUGUGGGGAUUUUAGUGUAACUUUGAACCCUGUCUUACAAGGAACCCAACACCCCUUACCUAAAAUUGACUAUCUAUUCACAAAACACACUAAUGGUGUUUAUUUUAGCAAAAUUGAUCUCAAAGAUGCAUAUGCACAGUUAAUUUUAUCUGAAGAGUCUAGAAAUUUAGUUGUAAUAAAUACACAUUUAGGGUUAUACGCUUUCACUAGGCUACCAUAUGGCAUAAAUUGUGCUGCUAGCAUAUUUCAACGAGUCUUAGAACAAACUAUUGGAGACAUGGAUGGUGUCACAAUUUUCCAAGAUGAUAUAUCUAUUUCUGGUAAAACUAGAUCAGAACACAAUAAUAGAUUAGAGGCUGUGUUAAGUAAACUUCAAAAUUCAGGCUUAAAAGUUAAAGUUGAAAAGUGUAAAUUUCUUAAAAAUUCCAUUGAAUAUUUGGGUCAUCUUCUAAAUAAAAACGGUAUACAUAGCACUGAAAAACAUAUUGAAGCCAUUAAAAAUGUUAGUGUACCUAUUUCUUUAUCUGAGUUGAAAAGUUUUUUAGGUAUGGUUACUUAUUAUAUCAAAUAUAUACCAAAUUCAGCUGAACUUUUAGAACCACUUUAUAAAUUGACUAGAAAGGAAGAGGAUUUUAUUUGGUCAAAUAAAUGUAAUAAUGCCUUCAAUCAAAUAAAAAAACUUCUAAUUUCUAACAGAGUUUUAGCUAAUUUUGAUUCUGAAUUACCAUUAAAGUUAACUGUUGAUGCAUCUAGUAUUGCGGUUGGUGCCAUUUUAUCACAUGUCUACAAUGAUAAUACAGAAAGACCAAUAGCAUUUGCAUCACACUUAUUAACUAGAGCUGAGCAAAAAUAUCCACAGUUAGAAAGAGAAGGGUUAGCAGUUAUUUUUGGUGUUAAAAAAUUUCAUGAUUAUCUAUUUGGAAAACAUUUUACUUUGGUAACAGAUAAUAAACCCAUAGCACACAUUUUAAAUCCAAAAAAGGGUAUUCCCACUAUUGCUGCAAACCGCUUACAGCGUUGGGCUUAUAUUUUGAUGGCUUACAAAUUCGAUAUUAAAUGGGUUUCCACUAAUAAUAAUCCAGCUGAUUAUUUAUCUAGAUUAUCCAUACAAAGUAAACAAAUAGACAUAGAAGCAAACACUAAUUAUUUAAAUUUUAUAAAUGAUGAAUCAAAUUGGAUUUUAGACUGGUUCAAAAUUAAAAAAGCAACUAGGUCUGAUCCUAUCAUUUCAAAAAUAAUUGAUUAUGUUUCUAAUGAUAAUUGGCCAAACGAUUCCAAUAAAGAUCCAAAUAUAAUACCCUAUUAUAAAAGAAAAAAUGAGUUAACUAUAGAACAAAACGUUUUAAUGUGGGGUUAUAGAGUAAUAAUUCCGGCCAAGUUUAGAAAUAAAUUGUUAAAUCAGUUACAUGAAUCACAUCAGGGCAUAACAAAAAUGAAAAGUUUGGCUAGAGCCUAUUUUUGGUGGCCUUUACUUGAUGGUGAAAUCGAAAAGUUAACUAGUAGCUGUGAAGUAUGUUGUGAAAAUAGAGCAAUCCCUCCAAAAGCAAUUCUAAAACCUUUUGAAUGGCCAACUAAACCUUGGACAAGAAUCCAUAUUGAUUUUCUUGGGCCAGUUUUUGGUCAAACUUUUUUUGUUUUAGUUGAUGCCACAUCCAAGUGGAUUGAAUGUUUCAAAGUAAAUUCUCUUAACACUACCACAGUCAUUAAGCAUUUAACUGAAGUUUUUUCUAGAUUUGGUUUACCUAAAUCAAUUACAUCUGAUGGUGCUAAAUGUUUUUCUAAUGAAGUUUUUCAUUCUUUCCUAAAAAUGUAUGGUAUUAUGCAUUUAGUUGGAGCCCCUUACCAUCCGCAAAGUAAUGGUGCUGCUGAAAGCGCUGUAAAAAUAAUUAAAAAUGUUAUCAAGAAAAUUAUAAAAAGUCCUGUUAAAUCUGAUUUAGAUGUUGAACUGAGUAAAUUUUUAUUUCAAUACAGAAACACUCCUCAUACUACCACAAAGGAAACUCCUACUAAGAUUCUAUUAGGCAAGUCAGUAAGAUUUAUUUUUGAUUUACUCAAACCACAAACGGACGACAUAGUCCUAGGUAAACAAAUUGCUCAAAUUAAAAAUAGCGGAAGGAGAGAUGUUGCUUUUGAUAUAAAUGAAAAAGUUUUAGUAAGGGAUUAUAGAUCUCCAAGUCCCAAGUGGAAAACAGCUGUAGUAACAAAAAUAUUAGGCACUAGAAACUAUCAAGUCACCACAGAUGAAAAUCACAUUUGGAAACGUCAUGUAGACCAAAUGUUAAAAACUAAACAACCCAAUCAUGAACAAAUUUCUAAUAUUAACACUGAUUCAAAUAAUAGUUAUAAAAGUCCAAUUUCUGAAACAAUCUUAAACACCACUAAUAACCAACAAAGACCUAAGAGAACUAUUAGGAAACCAACUAAAUAUUGUCAAUAA